GUAUACAAAAAUAAGCUCCGCCUUUAUAGCUAUUGGAAUGAGCAGCUGAUGUUAAGAGUUUAACAAUUUCAGAAAGCUAACAUCCUAAAACAAUUGACAAUGGACAAGUUUGGAACGAGACUAUCUAAUCCUUAUUAUAAUAGGCAAGGAAGCGAGAUGGCAGCCUCUCCAGCAGGCACAAACAGCAGUUUGAAGGGCAUCAUCGCUGGUGGAAUUACUGGGGGUAUUGAAAUAUGUAUCACCUUUCCAACGGAAUAUAUUAAGACACAAUUGCAAUUGGAUGAAAAAUCAGGAGGCGCUAAACGCUAUAAGGGUAUUGUGGAUUGCGCGAAGUUAACUGUACGUGACCAUGGAUUCUUUGGUCUUUAUAGAGGUUUAUCCGUUCUCUUGUACGGUUCAAUUCCGAAAUCUGCUGUAAGAUUUGGAGCUUUUGAAGAAUUUAAGAAAAGAGCUGUUGAUGAAAAAGGAAAUUUAUCUGCCCAAAAAAAAUUAUUAUGUGGUUUGGGAGCUGGCGUUUGUGAAGCUAUAUUUGCUGUUACUCCUAUGGAAACUGUAAAAGUAAAGUUUAUCAAUGAUCAAGCAUCUGCAAAUCCAAAGUUUAAGGGAUUCUUUCAUGGUGUCAGAAGUAUCAUCAAAACUGAAGGAUUUCGAGGAUGCUAUCAAGGAUUAACCCCGACUAUCAUGAAACAAGGAAGUAAUCAAGCUAUUAGGUUUUUCGUUGUUGAAACUCUAAAAGAUAUGUAUAGAGGAGAUGAGAAAGGAAAGUCUGUUCCUAAAUUACUUACUGGACUUUUUGGAGCUAUUGCUGGUGCUGCUUCUGUAUUUGGAAACACACCUCUCGAUGUUGUUAAAACUAGAAUGCAGGGAUUAGAAGCUAAAAAAUACAAGAACACUUUUGAUUGUGCUGCAAAAAUAUUGAAGCACGAAGGACCUCUUGCAUUCUACAAGGGAACUUUACCUAGAUUAUCAAGAGUCUGUUUGGAUGUUGCUAUUACUUUCAUGAUUUACGAUUCGUUUAUGGAAUUGUUUAAUAAAAUUUGGCCAAAUUAG